UGUCUACACUCAGUUUGACCUUUUCCCAAACUGCACUCAAUUCACAACUUUACAUCUCAUUUUCAGUCAAACCUAGAAGCACACACCUUUUAACCUCUCCUUUCCUUCAGGUAAACUCAGGUUAGCUUGACAAUAGCCGACCUUUUUAACCUUAGCCCUCAGCUGCCUGUGGGUUCAGCCUGGAGACAGGUAUGUGUUGCGUCCUGACCUCUGACCUCCCGGAAUCAAGCGACUGCCGACUGAAAAGACAGUAAAAAUCACUUCCACAGAAAUAUGUGUAUGGAUGUACACACAUGAAGAAUUGGGAUUCAGAGUUUGGAAAGUGGACCCUCAGAGGGAAAGACUAAACAUUCCCCUUCACAGUAGCAUCCGCAGCACCUUCUUGAUUCAUGUAAAGUGCUUGAAAUACCUACAAUCAAGUUCUUAAAUGCAAUUUUUCAAUUAUCCCCACUCUUUGAAGUCACUCUGAUAAACAGGGUUUAAAAGAAAUGUCUCACCGGUUAUCAAAAAUAUUUCCAUUCCAGUGUUUUCGACAAGACGGAUGCUAUAUUUGAACAAUAGAUACUAUGAAAUUAUAGGCAAAACAAAAAGAACAGUUUUAAUUGGGUGGUUCUAACAAGAUCAAACAUGUGCGCUGCAAGCUUUGUGGAGAUAGGACGUACAUUUCAGGUGAUUGUACAGACAGACAUGCAAAUAUACAGCCAUAUUAAGACAGGAACCAUAUAAUUAGAGGAGAUUUUCGCAGUGGUAAAUGUGUGUUUUGUCAAAGUUAUGCAUGCAACACUUAAAGGGAUUGAACGCUUUCGUGUGUAAACAGUUUUGUGUCAGUGGUAUUAGAUAACAAAGAUGACUCAGUUUCUACUCGAGCUGUUUUUAACAGGUACUGCCUUCAAAAACCACAAAGUUACAGCCUGAGGAGUACUUGUUUGAAGGUUUGAGUUCUUCAGAGCUAACAGGAGCAGACUUGGUAGGAGGUUAUUUUUCUGUUGUUGAUGAGAUAUCCAGAGAAAGAGAGGAAAUGUGGGAAGUAGAGAGUAGGGGGAUGACAUGCAGCAAAGCAUCAUGGCAGGAACUAGCAACUUCUUCUUCCUAAAGCUUUUGUGCAUGAGGUGGACACAUCAACAUCAGGCCUACUGCCAUCCCAGACUUGUUUCUAUUAAAUGGUGUUAAAUCAUCAUAAAUUCACCUCAUAUUGUAAAGAGAUAAAUUAAAAUGUCAUUGUAGUGGAAAAAGGAAAAGUUCACACAUCAAGUUUUUGUGCUGUGUGUGUGGUAAGGUAUUUAUUAUCAUCUUUUACAAGCCCCCUUUAACAUCUGUUUAUGCACUGUAAAGGUGCACCAAAUCAAGCUCUGUAAUCAGCUUCAAUCACAAAAGUUCACUCAGCAAUUACUGGACUGCUAAAUAUAUAUUUACUUAUUUUCCAAAAGGCACUGGUACACAGGACAUCAGAACAUGUGGGGUCUUAUUUACUGUAGGUACAAAGUUGUACAAAGAAGGUACAGUGAGGAGCACCUGUCACUGGUAUUUUAUGUAAAAGAACACCUUGUCUUUUUAAAUAUAAAAACAUAUUUAUUAUUUCUUCUUGCUGUGAAAGACGAUGCAAAGAAAUAAAAGUGUGCAAGGCCCAGAUUAUGCAUUGUCAUACUCUCAAAGUUGGCCACUUUUUGCACUAGUGCCAUGCAAGGAAAAGCAUAAUAAUAACGCUAAAAGCCAUAGUAGUCAUCACCAUCAUCAUCUGUAUUGUCAUUUCAGAUGUUGUUGUACUUUUGUUAGGUUGGAUUUGCACUCUAAAAGUUAGUUAUACUAUAUACCAUACUCCCCCCAGAUCUGCAGCAGAACUGUACUUGUAAAAAAACUAAGAAGUAUUCAAAGUCAUUCUCAAGUUAUGGUAUGUAUCAUAUUCCAUAAUGUCUACGGGCCUUUCCAUCUGAAUUGCUUUGGUAUGUGGUGCCUGAAUCUGUCGGCCGUGAGAAUUCGGGACAGACAUCAAGCUCUGUGUAAGAAGAUAUCUCUGGGCAAGUUGAAGCACGAGCGAAAACACACACACGCAUACACACACACAUGCACUUGCAGUCAUCCACACACUAGUAUUUACACAUAGAUUCACUGUCUGGAACUAUCGAGCAUUUCACAGGAAGUAGCCCAAUUAAGCAGUCUCUGGGAGAGGGAGCGAGAACGACAGGAGGCGAACGCAUGUGACUAAAUUCCCACAGCUCCCAAUGUGCCCCCCCAUAACACACAGUUAACCAACCCAAGUCUAAAAGCCAUGCAUGUGAAUCUGUGCUUUUAAUACCUCUUACUCAAAUAAACAUGCUUCCAGGCUUAUAUCUGUAAAGGUACACCUUAUAAUUCUCCCAGGUUCAAGUUUGUUCAUCUCUUGAGGUCUGUUUUUCCCCUCUUUCUCCCCGUCGUACAUGCAUCGUACAUCCCCCCGUGGUUAGGAACGGUGGCUGAAGGAAGCUCAUUAGCCCUGUGGCUCUGAACCAGAGAAGAUUAAUGUCACAGUGGCUUUUCAUGAUCCAUACUGAGGCUGGAAUGUGUGUUUGUUUGGGGGGGGGGGGAGUGGCAGUGGGAGUGGGCUACCUGACAGCAAACACUCUGCCACUACACUACUGCCUCUAUAGAAGCAAAUGGAAAGCUUCUUUAAUGGUCAUGUUUGGAAGUUUUCAGACACUGUUUGAAACUGAACCAAAGAACCAAGUUUGUUAGAGAUUAUGUUGAUAGUAGAAAUAGUGAUAACAAUAAUAAGAGAAACUGAAAUAACAAAAAUGACAUUAAGAUAUACAGUAUUUGGUAAAGAAACAAGGCAAUGUUUGUGGAAAGGCACUGUGAAAACUGACAACAUAUAGAAGUAAAUAUGUGCCAUCUGAUUUUGACUUUGAAUGUCUAAAGCUGAGUUUUUUUGCAUCAAAAUCAGACUUUGAAUUUCAAAACUAUUGAAUUUCAAGCAUGCAUUUUUAUUCCUGACACUUUUUUUUUUCACAAUGGUGAAAUAAAUUAAGUGUAAAAAAAUUGGUCUCAUAAAAUAUUUGUUUAGUAAAAGUUCAACUUAAAAAAAAAUGUGUAAAAAAAAAAUUCAGUGUCAAAUAACUUAGUGUAAAAGAGAUCGACUCAACAUCCGGGUAAUCUGGGAGAAGCAAACGAUUCCUCAAUCUUCCACUGGGGUCAUUGUCACAUGACCAAUCCAGCAUUAUUUGAUUGGCUGGACGAUCAACGAUUGAGCCAGGAAUCGAUUGUUUCUCCCGGGUUACCCGGAUGUGGAGUCGGUCUGUUUUACACUGAAUUUUUGGGCUGUUUUUUACACUUUUUUUUAAAGUUGUAUCUUUACAAAACAAACCUUGUGAGAGAUCAAUCUUUUUUGCACUGGAUUUAUUUCAUCAUUGUGAAAAAAUAAGUCUCAGAAAUAAAAAUGCGUGCCUGAAAUUUGAUGAUUUUGAAAUUCAAAGUCUGAUUUUGAUGAAAAAAAAUCACCUUUAGAAAUUUAAAAUCAGAUGGCACAGAUCUACUUCCAUAACUACACUUUAUUUGGUUGUUUUUGUCAAUUAAAGAAACUUUCCAAGGGCCAAUUGAUUACUCUGUUGAUAGCAUCUGUGAUAACCAUAUUAGAAGUUGUAAUUAAAAACUGUUUUUCAACAGUGUCCUCGUCUGACCCUGACUUUACUCCUAAUCAUCUCUAAAUGUCAGAAAAAAAGAAAGCAUAUUUCUCUGUAGGUUACAAUAAGUUUGAAAUAGAGUCUGGGGGAACUGUACUUUCUGCCUUCACUUGUAGCCUCUGGUUAAAACUCCAGAGAAGCAGAAAAUCCUCUAUGGCCAGAGGGUAGCCAGCGGUGUGUGUAUUAGGGGGGCAGAAUUUCUAUGGGGAUUUUUUCCAGGUGUUCCGAUGCGUCACCGCCCACCAGCCAUCCCUCCUUCGCCACCUGUCCCCUCAGGGACCAGUGAGCCAGCGGCCGGGGGGCUGGGCUUCGGACACGCAGACUCUCCAGACUAGUCUACCUCGCUGGGACAGUAAGAAGACUCGCAGUACCGACGGAACAGCAAAGUCACGGUUCAUCCUCACAGCAGGCUCCGAGCCUGUACAUCAUCGCCUGCGCUCUUUUCUCUGGAUAGAGAGCUCCUCUCUGAAGUACAGUGCGUUUUUGUCUGACUUGGAGCGGCGUCGCUGCGCUUUGUGCAUCGAGACAGGAUGUCGGAACUUUCCGUGAAUGACCACCUCGAAGGGAUUUUAUCAGAUUUUGAAGGUAUGUGGGUUAAAAGAUCAAAUGACCUUUCUGGUUUCGGCUGUAGUUUACUGAUUGAAGUUGUCGUUUUCAUUUUCUACCUUGUUCCCACUGUCCCUGAAUCUUUUCUUUUUCUUCAAUGGUUGCAAAAAAAAGUUUUUUUUUUUUUUUUUUUUUUUUUUUUUGUGUAGCCUACAGCUGUGUGAGAAUAUGCCUGAUGUAAAACCCCUUAAGUGUUUUAGAGAGCUGCACUUAAAACGCACUUCAGGCAAAAUCAUGAACUGCCUUUUUGUGUGGCUCAUGUGUUUGUAUGUGAGAGAGAGAAGAAAUAAACGUGAAAAAAGGUAAGAGAUGGGUGAGUUUGUGAAAUUAGCCCCUUAAAAGACGAUAAAAUCAGUCACUUCUUACACAAGUGUCUCACAUCAAAGUGUGGCCUGAUCUCUCAUUUUCACAUUGCACAAAAGUUGUGGUCUUUACUGCCCUCCUCCAAGCCCAAGGGUGUGAUGGACUCAUGAUAUGGUGUAGUCAGGGACAAUGGUGGUGUCUUGCUACCUUAGGCGACAGGAAUUUACCUUUUCUCUAACCAGUAAAAAUCAUAGUUGAAUUAACAGACAUGAGGCUGCUCUGUACAGUCGGAGUCUGCAGUCUCACUCUGCUUGUUUGGAGACAUGCAGUCAAACAGAGUUGUUUUGGGCACAAAGGAUUGAGAGAGAGAGGAAUUUCCCCUUUUUUUUCCAGGGGAUCUUUCUGUAUUGUGCUGCUGUUUGGUGAUACCAAGUCAAGGACUCUACACUAACCCCCUCCCACACUUUACCUCAGGAAAUCCUGCUGGAGUCCUCCAUGGGGCCCAACCAGAGAGAAAACACUAGUUAUUACUGUAGAAGCUGCAAAUUUCCUCCUUUUAAAAGUUAACAGCUGUGAUUAUUUCCUCUGAAAAAAAGCUGCCAGCCCAUCAUGAUAUUUACACACACCUACAUUGGUUAUUUAUCAGUGGAUCUUAGUCAGCCUGAUUAAUCUGGGUUACCAAUUUGGUCUUUCUGGAUCUAAUAGAUGUAAUUGACUGCAAAAUUGAUGUUUAAAAGAUGUGCUCAGCCAUAGAUAACUCUGCUUCAUAUCAAAUCAAGCUCUGCCUCAACUCCCUCAGGGUGAAAUCAGGAUUUGUAAAAAGCAGGAGUUAUCGAGGAUGGAUACCUCUGUGUAUGUUGUCCAGCAGCAAAAAUGGAUGAAUGACAGCCUAUCUUUGUUUGGUUGAAAGUGCAUGAGAUGUUUGUCAUUAUUUGAUCUUGUCCAACACUGUCAACAUGUCCAGAGUCCAAAAUAAUCAGUGAAGUUAUACUUUUUUAAAUCUAAAAUGAUAACUUCUUCAUUCAGGAACUUUAUCUACUCUGUUGGCUACCAUUUGAUACAUCCAAAUUUCACAGGCUGACCAGUCUGUUAUCGGAAGAGCAUCUCUCGUAAGGAUAAGAUAAAAACAAAACAAAACAAGGAUGUACAGUAGACAUCCUUCCUUCUUUAGAAAUGUGAUCAACCUAAAUAUAUCCAAAAAAAAAAAACACCCCACACGUCAGUGUCAUUCUGGUCAUCCUAGCACUGUAAGGGCAAAAAUGUUUAUCACAGCAGCAAAAUAUUAUUUAUGUUGGCGUCUCAAAGAUUUAUUUUACAUACAGAAAAUCAAGGGGUGAGAAGACAAUAUCAUGAACCUGUUGUUGGAGCUUGAGUUACCUGCCUGAACUAGUUCCCAGGUGUCACUCCAUGCAAAGUAAAUGCAGAACUUUGCUGUCACUAUGCAUGAUUUCUUCAAAGUCUUUUUGAGACAGUGUUGUCAGCAUUUAUAAGUCAGUCCGACUUAUAAUAACGAUCUCACAUUUAACCAUUCACACCAUGUUCACACCCUGAUGGCAGAGACUCUUAUGUUUAGAGUCCAUGAGUAGGGGAUGGUGUGGUCAAGUAUCUUACCUCAGCAUGUGGACAGUGGGAUCAAAAUCACAACCUUUCAAUCGGAAGAUGACCAAUCCUGCCCUGCAUCCUAAUAAACGCGAGAGGACAAUUGCCCAACACUGCAACAAUGAGGGGCAGUGAUUUAGGGACAGCAAUCUGGACUCAGAUGCUGUCCUAUCUGGACCUGCACCAGGUUUUCUAACUUGUGCAGCUUUUCUUGCAUUUGAUGCUACUCAGUUUAUACAAAGAUUUACUCAGAAUUGCUGCUGGACUGAACUGUAUGAGAAUAAUAAAGAAACGCUGAGGAGUCGGCUGAUAGCAAAAUAAGAGAUGGCAAAAUCGAGCACUUGGGCUUUGGGUGUGAUAGAAAUUCUGGUUUCAUUUCCAGCCGACUUAUAAAACCAACCCAUACCCUGCACAGGAUUGGUAUUAUACUUUUUGUUCCAUUUAUUUAAAGCUGACGCAUGACUUCAAAAUACACAUAAUUAACAUACUCAGGAGAUGAUGCAAAAGUUUGCUUCAUCAUGACCAACUAAUAGAGUUCUUAGGAAAGCAUAGCAAGGCCCUCCAAUGAGUCCAAGCCAUGGGUCAGUAAGAUAGGAACCAGUGCGCUCUGGAGGGGCGGGCUGCAGUCAUGUGGACACUCAACAAGUGGAUUGUAAGUCUGGGCAUGUCCACGUUCAACCCCCUAGCCUUCUCUGCACAUUCCACACAGGUGAAACUCGCCAACAGACAAGUGAGCAUGUCUAUUGACAUGUGCAGACACACGUGUGUACGUACACAUGCUUUGAAGCCGCAGACCAGUGCAGACACUCUGAAACUCUCUCUCAGCCGCAUACACAGACACACAAAGCGCACACACAAACAAACACAUUGAAAGAACUUCCACUUAGUAGGAGCACAUCUGGAAGACACAUUCCUAGGAUGUGUUUCCAAUGUCGUAACUCUGAAAAUAACAGUGCCCGGGGACCAAAAGACAUACACACGUGUGUGUGUGCAUGUAUAUUUAAUUUAACAUGUCUGUUCUGUGUUGUACACACACGUUUAGGUUGAUUUUUUUAAUCAAUUUCAUUUGUGAAGAUUUAGAAAAAGACUUGGAUGAUUGACCUCUGGAGCUAAUCUACAUCCCCUGUAGAUGAUACACCAUUGAGAUAUAUCUCAUAAAAUCCCCUCCAGUAAAGAUCCAACCCUUUAACCAGUUUUUUCUUUAAUGAUUUAUUUCACCCUUUACAUGACAGCUUCUUGUCUGAUCUUUAGUGGCUGCUAUCUAAGACAUGAAUCUACUCACCUCAUGACUAAUAGGAGACAAAGUCUUAUUGAAGAACCUCAGAUCACAAUUAAACUGUUUUUUUUAUAUCAAAUAUGCAGUUGGUCAUAUGUUGAAUUUAGUUACCAGCUAAUCGCAGUGGCCUAAAUUCUUGGAAAACAGGUUAACUAGAAGAAUAUUUUAAUAUAGUACCUGUCUGCGUUAAAUAGUUCGAGUCUUAAAAACAAAGAUCACAAGCUGAAAAUUGUACAUUUUGAAUAAGCAUCUUAAUCCAUCGCCUACAGUAAUGUUUUUUCUCUGUGCUCUCUCAUUGGAUCAUUAGAACUUAUCCAGUGAGCCUCAAGGGCUUGACAACUGAAGACAAGUCUGAGCAAAAAGCUGCCUACACUUAUGUCUUGCCAAAUUCUUAACCAUUAAGGAAGAAUGGCUUGGCAGCUAGCCACAUCAAGUGUUACCUGCGUGUGUGUAAAGGGGGUGGGGGUUGGCGUGUGUGUUUGUGAAAGAGAUUCUUCACCUAGUGUAAAAUCAGUGUCCAUGUUCAACAGGAACAUCAGUUGCUGUAAAUUCCAACUUGAAAAGCCGUCCCGUAUUUGAGUUUAAUACUCAUGACCAGCCUCUAAUGUGUCCUUUCAACAGUGAAUCCCCCCUUUAGACUGACUGAUGUUUCCCAGACUGUUGUGCUUCACUGCAUUAAUGCAGGUUGGAAUGUCGAAGGGGAACAUAUACUUUCCUAUUGAUAGAGUACUGCUCUUCAUGACCAAAAAUAACAGGCUUUGUGCGUAAAUGUGUGUGGUCACUGGGUCAAUAAGUCAUGGGACCCUCUCUGAUCUUUGCGGGGAUACCGCCCUGCCGAAGUGCAGUACCGGGACGUGACAGGACUGGGAGGGGCGGCUCUUAGCCUCCCUGACCUCCCCUAAUCCCCUUUGUCAGCUGAAGGUCCUAAUGCUUUUUGGUCUGUCCCUCAAAUCAAGUGCAUACCUUCCAUGUAAUUCUUCUGAUUCACAGAGAGGGGACUUUUAUGUUUGUCUUUACACUAACAACGUUGAUCUUACAGGACAGAUUUGUAUAUCAGUUGGUACCAAUAAUUGAGAGCCACCCUGACUAGGAUACUUUUUAAAUGUCCAAGCCUUGACCGGCAGGAGAGUAAAUCAGAGCAUAACAUGCUUAAAGAUUUUCCCAACCUCAACAACUGUGUAAUUUAAGCUUUGAAGUUGAAUCUGUAUGUAUGUUAGGAGCAUGGAAAGAAUCACGACUCAGCUGUGUAUUCUAAGGUGUAACAGCUGCAAUAUCCCAGUCAUCAGCUCCAACAACCUCCUCCCUUCCCCCGGAUUUCAGGCCUUUUACUAAGUUACCUUUGGUUGCAAAGGAUUUGGACCUUUUAGUCUAAAGUGAUGCAGGAGAGCGUUCAAUCUUGGUCUUAUGGAUCUUAGCUCAGGAUUUGAUACACUGGGCCAUCGUAUUAUUGUUGAAAGGGCGUCAGGAGGGUACUGGUGGUGCUGCUUUGGACUGGCUAUCUUCUUAUUUGUCUUACAGAACUUACUCAGUGGCAGUGGAUAAUUUCGUCCCCUCAAAUACCUCCCUGGUCUGUGGAGUUCCCCAAGGUUCUGUUCUGGGCCUGAUUUUGUUUACCCUUUACCUGCUUCCAUUUUGCCACUUAAUCAACAGCUUUGAAGGUGUUUCUUAACACUGAUAGACAGAUGACAUCCAUUAUAAAAAAUGUCUCUAUCUUGUCCAAACUUCUUAACUGCAUUAUCGCAGUGAAAGACUGGAUUGCAGAUAGCUGCCUUCUACUGAACACCAACACCUCUGCCUUGGAUCACUUUGUGCCAACUGUUUUGCAAAUCCUUGUUUGUCUGUCUUUAUCUGCUUCUGUCAAGCGUCCCUGGAUCAGUUAACAGCCUAGUUCAUUCUUGUUUUUAUCAGUUAAGAAGCUUUAUAAACUCAGGCCCAGAUGGAAAUGAUCAUUCAUGCAUUCAUUUCAUCCUGCUUAUAGACUCCUGUAAUUCACUUUUCGCUGGUCUUUGGAAAACAUCUCUGUCAGUUACAUAACGUUGCUGCUUGACUUCUCACAAAAUCCUCCAUAAGAGCCCAUAUAACACCAAGGUAGCCAUGUUUGCAAUGGCUACCUGUAAAAUCCAGUUACUCACCUACAAAGCCCUGCAUGGACAGACACCCAUCUAUAUUAAACUCUUACAGCUUAACAUUCCCAACAGGACUCUAAGGUCCUCUGAUCAGGGUUUAUAAGCUGUUCUCCACUCCAGGUGUAAAGUUAAAAGAGGCUGUGCAUUUCGGUUGUUGCACCAACAACUCCCAACAGCUUGUUUUUCUCCUCAUCAGAAGAUUGGGGCUUUGGUCUCAGGUCCCGCUGUCCACAUGCCAAGGUGUCCUUGGGUAAGACACUUACCAGCCCCUGCUGGCUGCACCCACUGGUGUGUGAAGGGGAUUUGUCAAAACUGACAUGGCAGCAUCUACCAUCAGUAUGUGAAUGUGGAGCAAUGUGACAUGUAAUGUAGUAAGUGGUCAGAGGACUGGAGAAAUCCCUUUGGUGCUUAGUCCAUGGCUAUUUACCAUCGAUUGAUUGAUUAAUUGAAUGUAUUAUUAAUCGGGGUAAAACACGCGCUCACUCACUCAUUGGAGGAAAUGCUGCUCCUGAACUGGAGACUGGUUGUUCCAUGUUUUCCGUUUUUUUUUGGCAGCUCUGGCUCUCUGCCAAAAGCUGUAACAAGAAGAAACACUGGCUCUUUUCAGACAUUUGCGUCAUUUCAUAAAUGAGAUUUCAAACACUGACAACACAUGCACAAGCUGUACAGAGCUGAGACAGCAUGCUAUUCCACCACCGUGAUUAUUUCCUCAGUGUUUGACAGGGUAACAGCAAUUACCUGAUACCAGACUCCUUAUCUUUGCAAGUAGGGCAGGUUCACACAUGCAGCCCGAGUGAACUCAGGCGGGACCAUACAUACAACUCCCCCCGAUCACACACAGUCACACACACACACACACACACAAGAGUCUUCUCCUGGCCUGUGUGGAUCCUUGUGAGACUGUAAGUCCUUUUUUGGUCAGGCCAGUAAAAUAACUAAGAUGAUAUAAAGGAGAUUAAUGAUUAAAAAAACACACAUUAUUUAACACUUUUACUCCAUGAGCUUUUUUGCAAAUAUGUAAUAGUUAACCAAUCACCAUCAUCACUCCAAAUCUCAGCAACUCUCUUCGAAGAUUAGAUUUAUAGUCUGAGCUAAGGCAGCCCGGCCUGCAGACUGGUGAGGUCUGUUGGAAAUUUGGUGAAGUGCAAAACUACUGAGAUACAUGGCUCUUCUACCCUGUGUAGAUAAAUAUAAUAAAGACUAUUCAAGACAAGUCUUUACCAAUAAAUGAUAACCACAUCACGUCUUUUUGAAACUUUGCGUAUUGUGAUGAGCUGGUAUCAGAGAUAAUUUGGUGCGAAUUUGAUGCCGGUUGUCCUUGUUGGUAAGAUUUAUAAUUUUCAGUUUAAUCUUUAAAGAUAUGGGUUUUUUUUACUAUAAAUUCCACCUGCUCACACACUCCUUUUCAUGGUGUGUCACACUGCAUUGGUUGGCUUCUGUAACACAAAACCGCACUGGAUACCCUAACUCCAGGUCUGACCUCAAUCCAGCCUUUGUAUUUACAGCUUGAAAUAUAUGAAUUGGGUGUGUGUGUGUUUGUGUGUGUUUGUGUGUGUGUAGGGAAACUGUUCCCAUGGCUUAGAUGAUUCAACCCAAGACCAUAAGAGACAGAUGAAAUCUUGCAGGCAGAGACAAAGCUUCAUUCACAAAGUGAAGAGGGUUUAACACAAACACUCCUCAGAGCACUCUGUGUUAACCGUGUUGUUUCUCACUUUGGCUUCAUAACCGAUCUAAUCGGUAGAAACUAAGAUCAUUCCUGUUCGGAAAAUAGUUAACAGAGAGCAAACUAGCACAAAAAGAAGGUUAAGUUUUUAUUUAAUUUUCUAUUUCUUGUGUGCCAGUUGUAGACAUCAGAUUGUAAACAAACCCGCAGGGCAGUUUAGCUUUAUUUUUAGAAAGGCAGCAAAUACAACAUUGGUACAUUGUAGACCGUAAAUAUUCAUGACAGCUUACAGGUCAUGUUCCAACAAAGAAUACAUUAUAAUUUGUCUUGGUUGUGUGCAUAAGGUAUUUGGUAACCAUCUUCGUCAAAUCUUAUUAAAACAAAACUCUGGUAAUAUGAGAAACCACAUUCUGCUGAAUACUUUGGCGGGUCAUAAAAGAGUGUUUUCCAGAGAGUAGAAGAAUGCUAGAUGAGAUGGAAACAGUAGACGACUGUAGAUGCUAAUCAUUUGUCUAACUGGCAAAACAUAUCCACAAGUUGUCGGUCAGAGAAAGUAUUUUAUUGACAACUCUGUCUCUUUUUUCUUUUUCUCUCUACAGCGCUGAAAAGAUCCUUUGACGUUGAUGAUGUGGAGGCUCUGCCAUCCUUCUCUACUGACUCCACUCCUGUUUCUCCCUCCUCCCCACGUUUCUUCCACAUCAACAACAAGUCCAAUGAAGGGCAGGGAGGAGGUAGCCUGUCUCCUGUAUUAGCUGGCAGCAACAGCCUGGGGUCUACAGCCCACCACACCCAUAUCAGCCUGAGCUCUAAACCCGGUCAAGGGCUCAAGUCCCGUCCUAUAGGCAGCAGCCUAUCUUUCAACCGGGGGACCAUGAUUAAGCCAUCCAUCCACAACAAUGGCUCCUCUGUGACCAGAGCUGCAUCCUUCCAGAGUAGGUUAAACCCUAAUGGUUACUCAAUGUUCUCUGGUCCAGGCAGUGACAAUGAUAGCCUUCACAGCUCCACAUCCAGCCUGGAAUACUCUGGUGGGGGUGGGAAUGUCCCUCCGUUUACUAAACUUGGGUCAUAUCGAACUCCUCCACCUCAGGGAGAAUACCAGCAAACCUAUCAGCACCAGCCACCACAACAACACCUAGAGGAAGGUGCAAACUUGAGGAGCAACCCAAACCUAAAGAAGUUUUCCUCCCACAGUAAUGUAUUCCACUCUGAGAUGGAUCGGGGGCCAGGGGUGCAGCUGGGUGCUCCCGAGCCGCGGGGGGUCAACCAUGGUUCAAUGCCCAGCCUAGACAUUCAGAAUUGUGACGGAGGAGGAGGAAUGUUGGGUAUGCAAAGAGGUGGAGGUGGAGGUGGCACCAUGAUGUCUCCUGGAAUGAGAUAUGCAAAUUCAAAUGCCAGCUGGAACGGUUGUCUUCACAAUAACACUUUCUUUGGGGAGGAGGGCUCAAAAAACAACGGCCAGCAGGGACCCCAAGUUUUUAGGACGCCUCAGUCUAAAGCCAAAGAAUCCCCACGUCUGAACAAGUUUCCCUUGGAUCUGGACAACUUUGUAACAAGCACCUCAACUUUUUCACCCAUUAAGACUCAAGUAGGAUACACAAACCCUCCAAAGCCCACUCCAAGGAACACAGGAGGCCUCCAACACCCCACCAGCCCACCAUCUACAACAGCCAGCUGCUCAGCAUCUCUGAGCAGCUUGGACAGCUCUUCUGACACCCCACCCCUUUCUGUCCACCACUCCUUUGAGCCUUUCCAUCCUACUAUCUUGCAAGCGCCUAUACCUGCCCCAGAGAUGAGUUGUUCAGUGGGUCCUCUUUCUCCAGUUUCUCAAAGUCCCCGGCUGGAGGUUCACUCAGAGCUCAGAGUAGUACCGGAGGUUUCAAACCUGCCUAGCCCUUACAGCUCGUCCAGCCCAUCCAGCCCGAAGGCCAUUCAGUAUAUAGAAGAGGACAUAGGGUGUGACCAAGAUAGUGUUGGUUCAAUCUUACAGAGGAUCGCGUCUUUCUCUCAGCAUACUGCAACCAACACCAGCCAAGCAGCUGAGGCCCGGACCACUACAGUCCAAAGCAAUGGUGUUGUGUCAUCCUCAACCAGGUAUCCUGAUGAGAUCGCUCCAACACCUGCUUGUCAGCGGGGGCAGAAGAACCAGGAAGGUAAGAUUUUGUAGUAAUUUCACGAUAUUUUAACUCCGAAUGAUAAAGCGGGGAAAUCAAUCCAAUUUCAUUAAGUACACAUGAUUACUGUGCUGCCAGAUGUGGGAUCUUGACAAUGAUAAAACUCGGCACAGCUGAAGAAGCAAAACAGCCACUUAGUUUGGAGUUUUUCACUUACGCUCUCAUUCUCCAGGAUGAUGCAUUGUUUGAGCAGAAAUUUGAAUGUUUACAACGAAAGAAAAAUGAAGAGAGAAACACAGGGACAGAGAGAAAGAACUUCUUAACCACGAGUGUAGCAUCUUAAAGUCACAAUGGAGAGGGAAGACUUCCUUUUAACAGGCAGAGACCCUGAGCAGAUCCAGACUCAUGUAAAACAGUCAUGUGCUGCUACAGCAUUGGGUUUAGAGAGGGGAUAGAGGGAGAUGCAGAAAGAGAGAGUAGAGACUAAUGCAUGUAGUUGAAGCUCAUGUCUAUGUCAGUUAAACAUUGACUGUCUAACAGCUAUCAUGAUAGAUAUAAAGUAUCUAGAUGCCCCCAGUCUGCACUUUCAUUCUUUAUGACAAACUCAUUAUGUCCCUCAGUUUUCUUUUGCGACCUCCAUUUCCUCGACUAUCAUGUCUGUGCUUGUCUGAAAUACCCCACUCAAUCCGUCCCUCUUUCCGAUUUAAGCUCUAAUGACAGUGAUUCGGGGCAUAAAUUCCCCUUCAGUAGAUGUCUAAACUAUUGUUUCUCCUCACCUUUUUCCCUCUGCCACUGAAAGUUCUUUUUAUAUGCAAGAGAAGGUGAAACUAAUAGUGUAGGAACAGAUGUAUCAGCAAUAUUAAAUACAAGUUUGAAAACACAAGGCAAAAAGUAAUUUAUUAUUAUUUAAGUCCAAAUACUUGUGUUUCUGUGUAUAUCCUCGUUACAAAUACACUGCUAUGUUGCACUUAUAGCUCUAUUAGUAGUUGUAUACUAUAGUUAUACAAUUGGCAGUCACUGUAUACUUUCAAGAUAAAAGGAAACAGCAGAACUCCUGACAUUGGGGAAAACCUUCCUGCUUUUCGUUGUUUUUUCGACCCACUGGGUUGUCCUUUCCAUCAGCUCAGCUUAGAAAACCAUUUCCUGUUCAGUUGUUUAGGUCAAGGCCCUGAAAUGUGUUUCCUGCAACAGAUAAGAUUAUCUCAGCUCGGCAGUUUGGGUUUUUUUAAAAACCUCACACACGCCAACACACGACAUGAAAGCGGUAACCUACUGGCAACUUUGAAGAAAGUUAAGAUGCUAAAUUGUGACCAAAAACUGACCAGUAGAGAAAUUUAGGGUUAGCAAAGAUGAGAAAGGUUGUGUGCACAUUUAAUAGUUUUAAUGAUGUGAUAUUAAACAAAUCUGCAUGUCAUAGCUGAUUUAGAUAAAUGUCUUAUAUAUUGAAUUUUGGGGUUAUCUUUAAGUUACAUGUUUAGGUGUGGCUGUGGCGGCUUGUGAAAUUUGAUUUCUAGGCAUUUAAUUGGAAAUAGCUGUAACCUUAACAUACAGGAAUCCCUUUCACUACAAAUAAGAUCAGAAUAUCCUCAUUAAAGCUUUUUAAAGUAGUGCCACCUACUGGCAAGUGAUAGGAAGCCUUGUGAUAUGAUUAACUAGAUUUACAUGGACUUUAUACUGAGUGCUGUCACAUUAAAAAGAGAAAAAAUACUUAUUUUCUGAGACAUUAGGGCUGUCCUUUCACUAAAAAACUGCAAUGUGAAGCUGCAGCACACCAUGACUUUUCCAAAAUUACAACAUGCACCGCACCCACAUGUGUGUAGAUGUGCAAGGGCUUGUUCAGAUCCUGUUUGGGUCAGAGGAAAAGGAUAGACUUCCUUGAAACAGGCAGAAACCUUGAGCAGAACCAGACUCGUGAUAGGCAUUAGAUUGGGUUUAGAGAGGGGACAGAGGGAGAUGCAGAAAGAGAGAGAUGGACAGAGUGGAGACUGAUGCUUUUAGUUGAAGCAGCUGGAAAGCAGACAGGUCUGCGGCAGCAAAACAUCUGCUGCAGCGAUCCAGAGGAAUUGACGGCGUGAUGGAGCUCAGGGACUUACAGAAAAGACUGUGUGUUAGUGAUUCGAAUGAGAUUUUACCCCUGAAAGGCAAUUAAAAGGCCAUAGAGGUACCAGAUAAAAAAAAACAGCAGCACAAAAAACGUAAGUAUAGUUAAAAAUACAAACAACAGUAAGGAAAUAAAUACAGAGCAGUGAGAGCAAUAACUACACUCCCACAGAGGCAGUCGAAAUUCCAAUAAAAAACUUAAAAUAUGAUAAAAAUGUAAAGUGAACAAAAGGGAAUGUUGAUCAAACUACUAAGUCAGUAUUUUCUGCUGCUCCUACAUGAUCACAAAGGCAUCCUACUUAAAUGUCAAUGCAUUCAAUUCCUGCUCAUUCUGUUAAACCUCCUAAUGGCAGCAUGCGGUUAUAAAUCAGAAUAUCUAACCAGGAAACACGGUACUGCACAUGUCAGGAAAUGCAUCACACUCCGACACUCACUCACCAUACACACACCGAGGGCUGCACUCUUACACACUAAAACAGAAAAAAGGACAUUUUGCCAAUAGAGAGAUGGUUGAUGCUGUCUACUGUACUCCUGUGAUCUACACAAGGUAAAAUACUCUGUCCUGGUUAAGCUGGACUAAUAUAUUCAGUCUAAGGGACUUGACAUACCCAUUCAUGACAUUAAUGCACAUUUGUGUGUAUUGAAACUUUUUACUGAAACUCAUGUUAUACUUAGUUUCCUGUUUGGAGUGUAGUCAGCUCAGUUUGUGAGAGUUGAAGUAGGAAUAGAUGUGUUGCAACCUUAGAAAUGGUGGCUGUAUUUCAUUAGCAUUAACUAUAAAACACAAGAACUUUAUUUAUCCCCACAAGGAAAUUUAUUAGUGGAGGUAAAAUUAUAAAUUCUUAUUCUUCUAUAACCUCGUUUUAUUUUAGUUAUUUCAUAUUUCUUUAAUUUUUAUGUCAUAUACCAGUACCACAUACAAAAGCAUUGAAUAGCCUGUAAUUGUUUGGAUGCUUUUACUCAUUACAAUGCAUGUAACUCAAUGACUAAAAUGACAACUUAGAAAUACCAACUAAUCACAAAAUGAAUUUAAGUAUUUGACUAAAUUUCCCUUCAUGGUAUAAUUAUGGCGUUCUUAUUAAUUUUUUGAUGAUCCAUUAUUUUCAUGUGCGCUAGUGACAGCCUAAUGGCGAGGCAAGUCUAAUGUCAGUCAAACUGUGCCAACACAUAGCCAUCUUUUGUCAUUGAUCAAAAGCUAAAAUACUGAGCUGUGAUCAUUGCUCUGUGGUUUGACAGUUUAACCCUUUCUUAUUUGGGGUUUUUAGGAUAAUCACAUAUAAAAUCAUGCUGUUUUCUAACAUCUCCAAACAGUUUUAUGCAUAAAGACAGAGUCUGGUGGUUUUUGCUGCAACUUAUCAGAAAUUCACUGAAGCGCUUUUUCAUAAUACAGUCACACUUCCCCAAUUUAGUUCCCUUGCACAACACCUUUUACACAUUUGUCGCCCUUUCUCUUCCUGUUUUUUAAAGAUGAGGAUGUAGCCUUUGGGUUUCAAAAUGAGUCAGUCAGUGAAGCUUCUACAACUGGCACUCUGCAGGGGAAAACCUCCACUUAAAUGUGUAAUAAAAAAGAAACAUAUUCAUUCAUAUAGAUGGAGAGAUAGUUAACGCUCCUACAAGAGAAAAAGUCACUUAUUUCCACUACAAACAUGCACACCAACAGACACAGCAACCAGCUUUGGGCACUAACAACGUUGGCGCCGGGACACCUGCAGAGUAUGUGGCACAGUGAAAAUUCUUCAGUGUUCGAUUUGUUGUAAUUGGUCAGUUACAACGCCACAUGGGACGGCACCCCUGGGGAAGCACACAGCUCAGCCACUGUAGAGAAAAUGAUUGUGAAGGGGAGGGAGUGAGGGCAAGAGCGAGGAGGCGUAGUCCUUCUCCUCUCAGGGAUUAGUGGAAGCUUCUUCGUCCAUUUGCAUGUGAAUGGAUCCCCGAGCUGCUUUUAGCCACCAACAUCACCCUCCCUCUCCCUCUGUCCAUCUCUCUCACUUCUUCUGUGCUCCUAACACUGCUUAAGAACCAGUGAGAAAGAAAGGGAGAGAGGUGGUCAGAGAGGGGCCAAAUUUAGCUAAAAAAAAACAAAACACCAGAGUUCUUCAAACUCAGUCAGUGCAGAGCGCCUCACUUCGAACCGAGGAGUUACACAGCUCGCUUUUGUGAAUGAGAGAAGGUAGGAUUAUUUUUGUUUCUCUCAUCCCCCCAUGUGUGAUGGUGGUGUAUGCUCGGUCUACUGAGCUAACAAUGAAAGCUGACAGGAAUGAUCCACUUUGGUACUUUGGGUGGGGGAUGAUGCUUGGAAACGCCUGUGUGUGGGGGGGAAUGUGGAGGGGGUCUGCAUUUAAGGGGAGGGGAUAUGCACCAACUGCCUUCUUAGAAAUCCAUGUAAUCAUAUCCUUGCUACCAUAAUGCAUAUUUUCCCAUAUUCUACCAUAGAUUAAAUAUGGAUUUCAAUCUUGUUUAUUUAAGUAUAUCUUUAUCUUUGUACACAAAGUACCUUCAUUGAAAAAAUAGAUGGUAACUCUGCGUCACAGUGUCUCUAUCCCAUUUUCCGUCAGGCUUAACAAACUAUUGGUCUGGUUGCACUAGCUAACUCACAUUAAGCGUCAGAGAAAGGAUGUCAGGGCCUCAUAGUGUGCAUUUGGUGAUGUAUUUCUGGUGUUACUCUGAAUUUGAAGAGACGCUGUAAAAUGGUGAGGACAGCAAAUGGCAUUGGCAGCUGGAAAAAAAACAAACCUGUUACGCCAAGGGGUUGAAUUCAAAAGGUGCGUACUUUAGCAUAUCGUGCUACUUGAAAUCUUAUCACUUCAACUAUGAUCCACAGAAAUUGUGCACACCAUUUACUGCUGUAUUGUAGAAACAUGCAGUUGUGCUAACCAAACCUAAAACAGCACAUGAUUUGAAGAGUAUUCAGGUAAUGGACAUGACAUAGUCAAUCUACAUGCAGUUAUAUCACAGUAACAGAGUUUGGAUCAGACAGAUCCAGACUUUCAGAUGCAGCUCUCUAAGUGAGGAGAACUUUUCACAGUGGAAGAGAAAGUGCAUCUCGGUGUCCACUUCCUCUGAUGAAAAGUGAGAACAGUCUCAUUCGUCUCCAGGCAGCCCUGUUUGUUAGAGUCGGCCUCUUUCUGUGGACAGUCUGUAGUCACUGAGCCUAUUUGGUCAGGAUCAGACUCUGUUUGACUUUGUCUCUGACAGAUUGAGAUACUUCGACGUCUUUUUAUCCUUUUUUGGUGGAUAAAUAAAAGUUUGGUCAACUUUGAGGUUUGGUUUCUUAUGCUCAGUGAAUCAGUCAAUAUUUUAAAUUAGUUAACAUUUGUUAGACUCUGUUCUGUUUUUUGUCAGUGCUGACGGGAGCCUGGUACAUUUCUUCAUUUGCUGUCUGAGUGGGCUGUUUCCAGGGUUUUAUUCUAUCACUUUGUUCUUAAAUGGGUCUGUAGGUUUCAGAUUUAGGUGCAGCCAAAAGGUAAAUGCCCAUUUAAGUAUUUUGGUUUUAAUGAGUACAUGCUUUCUGUGUCUUUUCUUUCACUGUAUUUGUUGCCACAUUGAAACUUCAUGAUGCAAACAUAGUUAGACCAAAGUAAGUGAAGGACCUUGUGUGAUCAAUAAGGGUGUUAUUUAAAGAAAACUGGAACUUGUUUUCACAACAUUUUGGUUUAAUUAGAGAGUCGAUCAUUUGUAGUCUUUUAAAUUAAGCUCUAGAGCCCAGGUUUGGCAGAAUUGUUGCAGGAUGUUCGUGUUAUAUUGGAGACCAUCUCUGCUUGUUGAUGAAAGGAUCAGAUCAUCUGCAUAAUACUUGAAUCUGACCUCAGUGUCUGACAGGAGUGGAGCUGCUGAACUCUCCGGCGGCUUCACCUGGUCAUUGAUGUAAAAGUUGAAAAAGUCGGGGCUUAAACAGUGACCCCGCCUCACACCGUGUUCCUGAGUGAAAUACUCUGUUCGCAGGUUGUUUAUUUUUACUGUACACUGGUUCCUCUCAUACAUUUAAUGGGGUCAUGCAUCUUUGGGACUUUUCUCUUUGGAGGAUUUUGAAUCAAAGUCCUUCAUGCCAGACAGAAUUAAAAGCUUAAUUUUUAAUUAUAGAAACAAGCAUGUACUGUAUCUCUCUCACACUUACACACAUACACUCACGCUAGGGCAUGGGAUUUGUGCCAGGGUACACACACAACGCACAUAUGCACUCUUGUUUGAUUAUUUCAUUAUAGUUCCACGUGUACCUGAGUACGUUUUUCUCUCUUCAAACUUACUUAAAAUGAGGUGUGUUUGUUGUCUUUUUCUUUGAUGCGUUUCCCCAGGUUUUUGUAGCGCUUAUAGCUCAACUCUGUAACUGUUGAUUAUGAAGAAGAUGGAGGUUCAAAUCCCCCGUCAACAAAGACAUAGGAGCGAUACCACCGCAGGUUGAGAGCUCAUUUUGAUUCAAACCCUGAUCUCUUCAGAAUCAAAAGGGAACAAGCAGAGUUAUAAGCUCUACGAAAAACUGAGAGGUCGUUCGAGUCCAAAAUCAGGUCAGAAUGGGCUUUAAGUUGCACAUUGUACCCUUGUCUUAAGCCUCGAGGUGUCUACAGUACUAAGUGAACUUUUUCAGUCAGUGGUGCAUUCAGCAGUGUGACUCUAUUUGUUGUUGCACAUGCUCACCAAAAUUUCUAACAUACCAAAGUCCUUAAUCUUCCCUUUCUCUUACUGACUAGAUUAUUGUUUGUAAUCAGUCCCAUCACAGCAAAGCAAGUUUGAUGACUGUUUUGAAGUUAUAUAAAUAACUACAUGAUGAGAGUGAAGCAUAAAGCCUGUAAUGCAGCCACAAUGAAGCCUAGUGUUAAGAUGUGGGUGCAGGAUGUGUCCAUGCACAGGUUCCCAUGCAGUUCUUAACUUCCACCUUAAUUUUAUAGAUGUUGUAUCAUAUCUCUGAAAUUACCUUCCUUUGUGUUGUACUUCCACCUCCAUAUUCCACUUUUGAGCCUUUUCACUGUCUGGUUAUUGUACACGCAGACAGACUCUGUCACAGUGUGAGCAUGAUUAUUUAUCAUCAGUCAGUGGAUUAGUUAGUUAAAUGCUUUUACUCCAACUUUUAAUUAGACUUGACUUAUUAUUAAAGGCUGAAUGUUGGGUCAAGAUGAGGAGGUCCACAAGUGCUAGUAUCAGUUCUGUGAGCCUGCAGGUUAAUUUAUCCAGUCCAAGUUUACGGAGAUCUUUCAUACACAGACAGUUGAUUACCUAAAUUUACCAUUAAAAUGUGUUUUACUUGAAAUAUUCUUAGAUCAGGUGUGUUCUUUAACCAGCUAAAUUUCUUUCUCCACAUAAUCGGUCGUGAGGUUAGUACACUGUUUGCUUUUCACGUACAUCUCCAAUCAUCAAAAUGUCUUUGUCUAUAGUGCACAAGGUCUUGAUUGAGAUUUUAAUCUACAUACUGGAUCAUUUGCCAUGCAGUUACCUACAAAUCAGGCAAAAAUACAAUAAUUAAAAUAUCGUCUCAUCUCUUGUUUUUUUUAAGAUGCUUUUGAUAUAUUAAAGAAUAAACAACUGUAAAUUAUAUAAGCAAACACCUACCUUUAUCUAGAUCUGAUAAGGGUUAAGAUGUUGGUGCAGGAAGUGUCCAUGCACAGUUCAACGCCUUUAUUAAGUUGACUCAAAAAAGCCGCAAUAACCAGAUUUUUAUCUGCGAGAGUGUAGCUCUAGAAAUAUCUAAUCCUGCAGUUUCUACAGUGCAGCUAACUUUAUUUUUAUUGUCCUUCUCACCUGGUUAAAACAGUUUUAAUUUUUCAAAUUAAUUUUCAACACAUGUAACUAUGCUGUGUUUAUUCUGGGGAGUCAAACACCUCCUGCUUUUCUAAUGUGGGUUUAAAGAUAUUAUAAUCACUGAAGUAGAAAAUAACUCUUGACUGUGUCUGUCUCUCUGCCCUUUUCUGUCCUGACUCACGAGGAUUAGUUCUACACCAGUGGUUGUACGGGUGGAUAUUUAUAGCUGAUUAAAUUAUGUAGACAGACACACCCCUUGUGUGUGUGUUAAUGUGUGUGCGCGCGUGUGUGUAAGUACUGUCAGAUAGAGGCCCAGAGAGAGUGAAAUGUUGCAGCUCGUUGAGUCAUAAAGAUCUGCACCAUCAUGUAAACAAACAAAUGAAUGAGUCAUUCAGAGAGUAUUUAUAAGUCUAUCUAAUGCACAGACAGACACACAGAGGAACUCACAGGUUCAAGUUCCCGUAAGGAUUGACGGUGCCAUCAAAUCCUAUUACAGCUCAGGACAGACCACAUACACUCAAGCUCACAAAGAUAGGAGGAGAGCUCAUCAACAUGCUUGUUGAACCGCGUUGAGCUCCUCAUCAAGUCCUGUUAAGUGUGUGCGCAUGAUUAUCAGAUCUCAAUCAAAUAAAACCUGUUUAUUUCUGAUUUUCUGUCCUAUUAAUUCUCUUCUAUAUCCUUUUAGACUCAAGUAAACCAGAACAGGAUACUAAAUAUCAAAACUCUUUUUGAAAGACAGCAAUUGAACUAUACUUAUACAACUGGUGAACAAAUAUCCAAGAAAACUUAUGCUGCGUUUGAGUUACAUUGGAAGUCAGAAGUCAGAGUUACCAGCGUUUCAGUUACCAAGUUGGUAAAAAGUAAAAUCGGAGGUGGAAACACGAUGGCUGCACCUACGAAAGUUAUUUUAGCGCUUGCCUUGUCCGAAUAUAAGCCAAGCGCUAAAAUAACUUUCAUAGAUGUAGCCAUCUUGUUUCCACCUCCGAUUUGUUUUUUUCCGACUUGGUAGCUGAAACGCUGUUAACACGGGUGUGACGUCAUUUUCAGCUCGGACUUUUGACCUCUGAGGUAACUCAAACGCGCCAUUAGGCUAGCCUGGCUGGGCCAUCCAGUUGCGUGAAUCACUUGCCGUUCCUUCCCACAACAGUCUGGACUUCAGCCAAUUGAGAGCCCUAAAAGUGGGCGGGAGUACACUCCUUGAUAGACAGACUACUGUAACCAAUCACUGUAACCAAACAUUUGAUGUCAUCACAGUGUGCAACUGUGUUCCCUGCUGGGCUCUCAAGGAUCAAGUAAAGGUUUGGUAAUAUUUCAAGUGUGCGAGCAAACAAUGUCUUUUACGUCUUCUUCUGCGGAUAUAAACGAUUUCUGCCGACUUUGAGAAGUCAACAGCAGAAUUAUCGGCGUUCGGAAUGAACGACGCUUUGAAAAGUCCCGCAGCAUGUGUUAGACGUCACAGCUACACAUGGACCAAUCAGGGGCUGCCUUUCCCUGUUGUAUGGGGAACAGUGGAAACACAGUCACUGAUUGGCCCGGUUAUUUUCUGAUUUCUAAUACUCGCUCCCAAUUGGCCGAAGUCCAGAUUGUUAUGGGAAGGAACGGCAAGUGAUUCACGCAACUGGAUGGCCCAGCCAGGCUACCAUUAGGCCUCUACCUCUAUUUUUAAUAACUCAAAUGCUUUUAUUGAACAAAAACAUUAUUUUUAAAUUCUAUUUUUUAAAAUCAAGUUGAGAAUAUUGUUUACUCUGAAAAUAAAGACAUUUAUUUACUGUCUGAGAUUCUUCUGGUUAUGAAAAAGUGGAUCAGUCAAACAUUUAUUCAAGCCAAUUUAAGUUAAUCGGAGCUCUCUCUCUUUUGUUUUUACACCCAGAAGCAGCUGGAGAGUUGGAGACAGGCUUUCCCAACCCAAUGGAGAGGAGACAGGAGAAGGAGAGUGACAUUAUAGCCCAAGAGCAAGGAGGUGAGGGCAAGAACCAAGGACAAGCAGCAGGCAUGGACACCCAGGAGUCCGUAACAGAAAGAGGAGAAAACGGUGUGGGGAUUUCUAAAGAGUUUGAGAAGACGGAGAAGGAGAAGGGAAUGGAGGAAGGAGAGAUGAAGAAAGAAACUGAGCUGGAGGCACAGGUGAAGGUGGAGCUGUGUCAGUCUGUCCCAGGCCUGCAGAUGAGCUUUAUCCGGGGCAAUGACCUGUUUGGCUAUGUGGGCAUAGAGGCAGUGCUGGACCAGAUGAGAAGAAAGACCAUGAAGGCGGGCUUUGAGUUUAACAUCAUGGUGGUUGGUGAGUCUUGAACACAUAAACACCGACACAGUGAGAAGUUACUGCAUCAGUUUCACCAAAAUAAGAGGCCUUUGUUCUUGACUCUUUGGUUUAACAAAUAAAGAGGCAUAUUUUAUGGCUUACAUUUUAAGAGGAAGUAUGAUUCUGUAAGAUGAAAGAGGUUUUGAGAGUCGAGACUUCACCUCUUUCCUCUUUCGUGUCCUACACACACUGAUAGACACACAGAGAAACACCUUUGAAUAAAAAAGGACAAAUCCACCUUGAACAUAUUUAAUCUUUAAAUGAAGCCAUUUAUAUGCGCUUUAAAAUGAACGUAUAUCAGUGUGAGCAAACACAAACUUUGGGUCAAAUGCUCAAAUAUUUGUUUGGUGUUUGUCAUCAUCACCAAUUAGUUUACUUAUAGAUUUAAUCAGGAAUCUGCCAUGUACAAGAUAUAUUAAAGUUAUUGUUUUCAUAAUGCUCUGCUUAUGGUGCUCCUCUUAGAUUUAGUUGUGUCAACCUUUUUGACUAAAUGAUUAUCUUGUAUUCCUCAGUAAUGCAUAUCUAAAAAAUAUCAACGUUCCUGAAGAUUAACUCUUAAUCUUCAGGAAGUCUUCAAACAUGCCCAAAAAUGGUCUCAAUUUACUGAAUGUUUGCUAAAGGUAGCAUGUUAUAUUUGAUUAUCGUGCUUCUAAGACUGAUAGUAAAACUCUUGUACGGUGGCCAGCUGUUGAAGUGUUUGUUGAAGUGUUAGUUUCAUGUGUCUUCAGGUCAGAGUGGUUUGGGGAAAUCCACGCUGGUCAACACUUUAUUCAAGUCCAAAGUGAGCCGCAAGUCCUGCACGCCCAACUUUGAAGAAAAGAUCUCCAAAACAGUAAAACUGCAUUCAGUGAGCCAUGGUGAGUUCUUCAGUCGUUUCAGAGCUUUCUCUGGUCCUCUUUUUUUUCCUACCACUGAUGAUGUAGAUGUCAUGACUAGAAAGUAUCGGCAUCCUACUUCCAUAAAAUACCCUCUUUCUCUUCUCUAUUGAAACUACCUGUAGACUAUGAUCCAGAGUACAUUUCCAAGUGCAUCUGCAGCACUUUUGACACUAUGUGAGUCAUUUAAGGUGUUUUUGUAAUAAUGGGAUAAACAGAAGAAUAAAUCAAGAGAUAAAAAUUGUUUUAGGACCACGGAUUACAGCAUUAUAGUAGGUGAGUCCAGUUAUAUGAAAAAGAAAGUGGUCACUUCACUGGGCUGUGCAGUGACCACGAGGACCACGAGGUAGCUGUAAACCAAGGGUCUAAAGUGUGGCCUUCGUAACUCUUGGUUCUUCUCUGUCUCUCCUGUCUAGUAAUUGAGGAGAAGGGAGUGAAAAUGAAGCUGACUGUGAUCGACACUCCAGGAUUUGGAGACAAUAUCAACAAUGAAAACUGGUGAGUAUUAGAGCAGUAGAGACAUGCCGAGACAAAUAGAUGGAGACAAAUUGUAGAUGCCAGUCUUCGCAAUCCAAUCCUAAUUCCCCCUCAGUUUUAAUCAAGACACAACGUAAAAAAAAAACAAUCAGUAGUCCAAAACAAAUGCAACUGUGGAAGAGUAUUGCAAAUGCAAAAACACACAAAAGCCCUAAUCAACCAUAUGGAGAAAUAGUUCAUGGUGGAAAGAAGAUGUAAAUGUAGCUUUGGUCAUCUAUGAAUCUCAGUCAGCCGUGUAGCUUGUACUGCUAUUAGCUACCUGGUGUCAAGCUGGGAGCGCAGGGGUGUAUUGGUGUAACCCCAGUCUCCAAGCAGUCCAGAGGUUGUUAGAGAAAUAAUCAGUUACGAAUCAGAGGUGUCUGCAGAGACAGUGGAUUAGUUUAACAACAGGGAGUGAUGUCAAAGUUACAGAAACAUUUUAAAAUCAGUCAGUCGAAGAGAGUAGUGUGUUUUUUAUUAGUUCAAAGAAUAUCAUGAACAAUGGCGACCUUAUCCUCGUUCCUUAUCGAGAGAAAUCGAAUGUGUUUUUCUUUUAACAUAUUCAAUCUUCUCUGCUGCAGUUGGGAGCCUGUAGUGAAGUACGUCAACGAUCAGUAUGAGAAAUACUUGGUAGAGGAGCUGACUGUCAACCGUAAAAGGAGAAUACCAGACAGCAGAGUCCACUGCUGUAUCUACUUCCUCCCCGCCACAGGACACAGGUCAGUAUCUGUUCACAGCUGAGCACCAAAACAAAGGAAAACCCUCUUCUGUAACAGAUCUUGUAGAUAUUUCUAAUGUCAAAUAAUGUUUUAGUAUUUGUACAAAAAGGUCCAGCAGUGUGUAGACUGGGCUGACGUUUCCCUGACUUCACCCACAUAUUUAAGGGUUACACUGAAAAUAUCUCAAGCAACUUUAAUCAUGUAGCCAUAAAAAACAAACAGGAAAAAACAUAAAUACUGAAAGUUAAUAAAAAAAUAGAAAAUUGAACCAUGCAUCCAUUCAUGAGUAUUGCUGCGUUUGAGUUACCUCGGAAGUCAGAGGUCCGAGCUGGGAAUGACGUCCCACCCCAGUUACCAGCGCCAAGUCAGAAUAAAGGAAAAUCUGAGGCGGAAACAAGAUGGCUACAUCUAUGAAGGUUAUUUUAGUGCUUGCCUUGUUCAUAGAUGUAGCCAUCUUGUUUCUGUCUUCAAUUUUGCUUUCUUCUGACUUGGUAACUGAAAUGCUGGGAACUCAGGUGUGACGUCAUUCCCAGCUCGGACAUCUGACUUCCGAGGAAACUCGAACGUAGCACAAGUAUUAAGACAACUAUAAUAAUUUACUGACAAAAAAAGUGUGAAUUUGUUUCCAGGUUACGCCCCAUUGACAUUGAAUUCAUGAAGAGGUUGGGGAAUAUCGUGAGCAUUGUACCAGUUAUUGCCAAAGCCGACACACUCACCAUCGAUGAGAGACAGGACUUCAAAGAGAGGGUAAGAAACCGCAAAUACACAACCACAUUUUCUAUUUGUAGAACACUUUUCUUUCCUCGAGGUGAUGCUCUGAUCGCAGUUAUGGAAAAUGUACAAUAUGUUCAUGAAAUAUUCUGUCACAGUGUAGAUGAACCAGUCCUAACUUUUAAUCUUUUAACAGAUAAGACAAGACUUGGCAGCCAAUGGGAUUUGUGUUUACCCCCUGAAAGAGUAUGAUGAGGAUCCAGAGGAGCGCAUCCUCAAUGACAGGAUCAGGGUAACAUCUCCGAUGAUGCUAUUAGUCACGGCAAAAACAGCUUUUAUUUUUAGUACUCAGCAGACGAGCGAGAAUCACAUUUUACUAACCCUUCACCCUCUGUGUGUAUACUGUAAAUAUUAUAGAUUAAUCAGACUAGACUCACUGAGAAAUGUUCUGUGUCCAGGAUAGUAUUCCGUUCGCUGUGGUGGGAACUGACAAGGAGCAUCAGGUGAAUGGGAACAAAGUGUUGGGCCGUAAAACAAAGUGGGGAAUAAUUGAAGGUAAGGAAAAGCCGUCCUGGAAAGCUUUGUCACACUGUGAUUGUUUACGGUGACUAAUCCACUUCAGUGCCGUGUUGUUCCUGGCUCUGCCCCUGAUUUCAUAUUAGGUUUCCCAAAGUUUGUUACCAUGAAUUUCAUUUUGAUAAUAUGCUUUUCGUUUUUCGUAACCUUCUUCAAGGUUUUUAGUUCCCUUGGAGGCAAUAGCAACUUUUUAGCUCAUCUCUAACAUAAACCCUCCCUCAGGUCUUUAUCAGUUCGUGAUGCUUUUUUCAUUAUUAUCAAGAUGUAAUUUAAAAUAAAAGGGUGUUACGCUGUCAAAAAAGUAUGACCACAAUGUCAAGGUAGUUUCUGAAUAUGUUUGUUUGACUAAAUCUGAUCAUAAAAUUGAUCUUUUUUCUCUUUCCACAGUUGAAAAUGUUGCACAUUGUGAGUUUGCCAACCUGAGAGAUCUACUCAUCCGGUACGUUUUUAACUUCAUAUGAAAUGAUUUAUAUGAACAAUAAAAAUCAUAAUAAGAUAAGUUGUAUUGGCUUUUGGGUAGAAGAACAGAAGCCUGAGAGUCUCCUCCAAACACGAGCAACAGUUCAGUGUCCAGGUCUGACCAGUUCAGACGUUUAUUAUUAUGAAAACUUGUUUGUUGAAGAUCAUUUUGUGAUAUCGGUGAAAUAUGUCGCUUCCAUAUGUCAGGAUGAGGGCAAGAGUCCAGUUCUUGUCUGCACUCAUGAAAAAUGGAGCAAAUAAUGUCCUUGUGAAUGCCAAAGGCAACGACAGAUUCACCAACUGAGUUAUCUCUUACCAGUCUGAGGUCCCAAAACGUAGUUAUGUUGGUGUUUUUCUUUUUUUCCAUUGGACACUGUAUGAACACACUCAGGGUACUGGCCCUCCAGUGUUUUUGAUUUUAGGAGAGGGGAGAUGUUUGCACCAAAAGGAACAUGACGCCAUGAGAGGAGAGAGACCAGAGGCCGUGUUUGCUGGGGCUAGAUUAAUAUGUUGUAGCUGGAGUUGCUGAAGACUGAUAGGGAUGUCUAAAGCUUGUAGAAACAGACUUGUUUUUACCAGGAGACGCUGAGUGAUUAGAUAUCUUGGUCCAAUCAGGAGCACUAGAAGGGUCUGGGUUCAAAGGGGGGCUCUGUGGGAGUGUCAGAAAUCACUUCAUUGAAGCGUGAGUGGGCUGAAACCACAGAGCUGGGUUCAUGCUUGAGCUGUCAGCAGCGUAGAAACUGAUUCGAUUAGAUCUGAAUCCCAGUCUAACAUCAUCAGAAGUGACUGUCUCUUGAUUUCAUUCAGUGUUUUCUGUCAUUGUUCAUGACUUCGACCCAGUGCAGUACUGUCAGUUAAAAUGAAAAUCACUUCUUAAUCUUAAGUACCAUUGCAUCUAUCCUUUCUCUGUGGUGUCACUGAAUGUGGUGAUCAGGUAGAAAUGUUUUUGAUAAUCGCCGAUGGACCGAUAGCAAAAUGAACAGUGCUCCUCUCUGUUUCUGAAAAGGUCUCACCUACAGGACCUGAAAGAUGUGACCCACAACAUACACUAUGAGACCUACCGUGUGCAGCGGCUGAACCUGAGCAACAUGAACUUCAGUGAGCAGGGACUGUCCGCCUGGCUGCUGGACAACGGAACUGGAGAAAAAUACGAAUCGGACAGCCACCUCUGAUUUUCCCGUCAGUCGAUUUCAUGCACUGAACAGAGUCGCUGAAGCUCCUCGUCCGUUUAAAAUACAUUUUUAAGAGAAUAAAACAUUUUCUUUUGGCUUUCCUUGUUUGAUUACCGGGAAACACUCGCUUAUUUUCCCCUGAGUGCAAAAAUAUAAAUGAGAUUUUACAGCAAGAUGUAAGAAAUGCAGUUAACGCGGAGAUAUUUUUUUAAUUUUAGCACAUUAACAAUUACUAAGUGGACAAUUUGAAGAUGUAAAGACGUGGCAUCAGAUUGUGUCAAAAUAUUUUGGUAUUUGCGAUAUAACUUGUACUUUAUACGGCCAAGAGUAUGCAGACAAUUCACCCAAUUUCAGCAAUGAACUCCUCAUUAAAAGAACAGCAACUGUUAUAGUUACUCAUUAGUGCCUCAUCCCUCUUUCAGCUGUAAAUGAGGACAGAAAAUAUUGGUACCUUUUGUCUUUAUACCGUGCAUAUAUGAGUGUCUGUCUGUUUGAUUUGUCAUGUAUCAUUGUGCUUCAUGUAAAUCGGCUUCUGUUACUUUAAUCUGUGGAUAGCAUCUGAAUUUAUUCGCUGUUGGGAGAAACAAAGAACUCAGUUGUUUCGACUGAGACGUCACAGUAAGAGAAGAAAUCGUAACACCUAACUUUUUCAUUCACUUUAACUGUUUUAACUGAGUGACUGACACUUAUCAGAUUGUAUAAAAAGUCAGAUUUCAUCAGCUCAUCUCUAAACUUGUGUGAAAGUAUAUGCCACAUCUUGCCUGGAACUCUGACCAAUAGAUAAAAUGUGUAGAGGUGUUUAGAGUAGGUAAGAUGUUCGAGGGACCAGAUGGACUACAAGCCACAGUGACAUGGGGGACAUUUCUUCAAGACAGUUGAACUUGAAAGAUUUUGGCUCUCACCUAAAAGUGCUUCCUCACUUCGAGCUAAUUCUGUCCAGUCGGUUUAGUACGCCCCCAUUUAGUUCGACCAAGUCCAGCUAUUUUCAUUUAACCUUGGAUUGUAAAUUACGUCCUCAGAAAUGCAGCCUUGGUGGCCCUUUGUUUUUAGUUUUUCUGUUUUGUUUGCGUCAUUUAACCAAAAGACUAAAAGGAAGAAUGAUUGUAUUUCAACAGGUCUUAUGGUGAACAUUGAAAUGAGCUGAUUUAACUCCAGAGACUGAUGUAUAAACUACUGUAAAUCAGCAUAAACACAAUCACUGUUGUUCUUUUAUGAUUUUGCAAACAACUAAAAAAAAAAAAAAUAGGCGAACUAUGUAUGUAGCAAUUGCCAUAUAGCAGCACAAGUAGGGUUUUCAGCUGGGGUGUACUUUUCUGAAAUAUGUUUUUAAAAACCAAUCCGUGUGUAAUGAAUGGUCUGCCAAGUGUCUGCGCAGAAGGCCUUGUGAAUAAAAGUAUUUGUUUUUAUCAGAUCUUUCCAGAUGAUCACUAAUGGUUCGGUUAUAUUUACACUGUCUGUUAAUCACUCAGCUGUCACUGCGGUUACUGCACUUAUGAUGUUUGAUUUAUUUAAGCCACAUCAUUUCUGCAUGCCAGUUUACAAAGAAUCUGAGGCUCUUCCUUCCUCUACUCUGCUUACUAUUUUCACUGUGUUUUUUAGUGAUUAAAACAACUAACUGCAAAGUUUAUUUAGUUUUAGAUGCAUUUUUUACAUGUCUUUCUCUUAGACGUGCUAUACGAAAAUACCAUCUCUUUUGAAUGUUGAAUAACCACCAGUUCUCUCCUAUUGGGCUCAGCGAAAUUGAUUAAAAGUGUUAUUUAUAUAUAUGUAUAAAUAGAAGUAGAUCGAUUUGUUAGACGUUAUACAAAAACAAUCGCUAUCUUGUAGGUGAGGAUUAGUGUAACGUUAAGUCAGGAAGGUUUAGACAAUCAGUUUGACAGAUUUAAAUUUCAUUCAAACUCUUUCUGCCUCUACUUGAAUAUAAUUUUGCAUAAGUAAGAGUGAGCAACAUGUGAACAUAUAAGCAAUCAUAUUUCAACACGGCUGUAAGGAAUCCUCAGCAGAACUUGAUUAGUUGAAUCAUCUUGCAUACGGAAAACUAGUUGUCAUCUGCGUGUACCUUUCAUUCACAAUUAUAAAAAUAUAAUUAUAGUCACAUUUCACUUUGAUUCUGAUAUCAUCUCAGACAUGUAGCAUUACUGUCCUCUUACCUCUCAGCUCUUCAACACAUCCUUAACCCUCAUGGUGACACUUUAUCACUGUGGCACGUGGUCACAAUGUUAUGUCUCUGCUUAUAUAAUGUUAUUGUUUAUAUAGCAUUAAUAUUAACCCCUGCUAUCACUGUUGAUAUGAGAUUAAAUGCUUGUCCCCCUAACAA